AUGGCUCAAGAUUCGCUUGGAAUUGCUGCAAACCAGUAUCUCUGGAGUACCUCAACUCCAGCAACAUAUCCGACAUCUCCCCAAUUCUCACGACUCCCGCCAGAGCUACGAAUCAAGAUUUGGAAGUAUGCCUGUCUGCCUUGCUCGGAUUUUGAGGGUGGACUUCACUACGUCACCGUGGAUGCCGUGGAUACCUACGGCUCCUGGAGUGAAGAUUUUGUCCAUCCGGUUAUCGAUGACCCGAACCUCGAAGGUCACGAUUACGGCUAUGAAGGCAGUCGGUAUGUCGCUAUGAGAGCCCUGGAGUGCCCAUGGGGGAAAACCGGCAAUUCGCUAUCUCCCGUCAACCCCCUCAACAAGUCAGCCUAUCUCUGGGACGCAGGUCUUUGGUUGGCCUGCAAAGAAUCCCGCGAAGUGGUCUUGGAGCAUCUGAAUUUCAAGGAAUGGCUUGCAUGUCGACAGCAGCCCCUCCGAAGAGACCAGCGUGCAUGGUACUACAAAGAUUUCCCCUCUGCUAUUGUUCCUUGGAACAAUAACGAGAAAUGGUGCCCGCUGGUGAAGCCGUGGAGUGACAUCUUUUGCAUCGAUGCCUCCAAUCUGGAGGCCCUCCCCGGGAGCUCUCUCAAAAUGAUGCUGUUGGCCCCCUUCCUUGGGACCAAGCAGUUCACAGUUGUUGGAUAUUGGAACAUUGCUUUCAAGUUCGACCGCAGUUGGAACGACAACUUUCCUUCUAGCUGGGACGAUCUGAUGGGUCGUGAAGACUCUGUGCGAAGCCGAGUAGCGACGUCCCUCUUUUACCAAGUACCCGCGGUUAAUGAUUUUCCAUCCCUUUGGCUCAUCGACGACAACGUCCGUUGGAUUGCCCGAUCUCGCGAGAAGUAUUCUGCUGUGUGGCGCGACCUUCAAGACGAAUAUGUCGAGAUCGACUGGGAUCAAACUCGCAGCAACGUGGUUGAUGGCGCUCUGGGUGCUGUAUCCAAUUUCAUUGAUGCCCUUCAACAACUUGCUGACAAGAAACAUUACUUCUACGACUCGAGCCCUAUGUCUCUGUCACUCAGACUUCUCGUUCGACGAAAGAAUCAGCUGCCGGGGUGUAUUGACGACGGUGUUGAGAGUAGCAAUGGAAAUGGGGACGAUAGUGAGGACGAAAGUGAGGACCCAAGCAGCGAUGAGAAUGAUGGGGGUGACAACAGUGACGAGAGAGAUUAG